CACUGUUUAGUUUCACAGAUAUCCCCCCAUUUAAAGACAGAAGGACAGAAUACACUAUUUGUGAAGGAGCUCUUCAAGGAGUUUUUGUUUUUGUUUUUUUUGAAGACUUUUGCAGUGGUUUACCAUCAUUUCACAACAAGAAGGUUUGGGGAUCAAAUUAAUCAGCUGGCUGGACCCUCUGUGUUCUCCCUGUGCCUGCGAGGGCUUCUGCCCACAGUCCAAAGACAUGCAUGUUAAGUUAGAUGGUUAUUUGUGAAUGAUCUCCCAGUCUUCCCCACAGAUGGAAUUCCACAAUCACUGAAGAACAGUGGAAAAAGGGAAGACAGCGGGGCUUACUGAGGAUAAGGAAUUAAAGGGUUUUUCGAUCCUGUCUCGUGUCCCCAUGAUGUUUUUGCUGCAAAGGGGAGGGGAAGGAGGAGUCGCUAUGCCUCACAGCUUAAUUACUCCAAGCAACACUGUGUCUCAUAUGUAAUGGAAGGAAGACGAAGUAGGAAGAGAAACAAAUUUUGUCUGCAGAGUAGGCACAAACUUUGAGUUUGAGACUCAUCCCUUCACUGCAACACAUGAAAUUAGAAAGGAAGGCUUUGUUGCCGCUGUAUAGAUCAUCACAUCACUACAACUGGACCACUGUCUUUGUGAACUUUAAAUCUGAUUCUGACAGAAGGUAAGAAAUGAUAUCAAGAACUUCUACUGACUAACAGAGGAAACGUGAAUGACUUCUGAGGACCUGGAGUCAAAUCUUAAACCAAAGCAAGAGAGAAAAGACAUAAACAAGUGGAAAAAUUGUCGUGGUCUGGGAGCAGCUGAACUGUGCUAUGAUUCUCCCUGUGGUGGUAAUGGUGGGUCUCCUGUUGCUCUCUGGACCAGAGUCAGGUCUCCAAGAAGACACGCUAGAAAUUGACAACAGCAAUGACAUCCUAGAGAGAGAGUUUAUCUACGUACCAAAACGUCAAAAAAGGGCUGUUGCUGACUACAGUGCCUUCCAAACAGAUAAAUGUUCUUAUACCUUCAUUGUCCCUCAGCAGAAAAACAACGGGGCAAUAUGUGUGAACUCCAAGGAGCCAGAGACCUUGCUGCAAAACCGUAUUAAUAAGCAGGAACUGGAGCUGCUCAACAGUGAGUUGCAAAAGCAGCGAAAGGAGAUUGAGGCACUCCAACUGCUAAUAGAGCUUGAUGGGGGUGUGAUCAAUGAAGUCAAGCUAUUGCGUAAAGAGAGCCGCAACAUGAACUCCAGAGUUACACAGCUCUACAUGCAGCUGCUGCAUGAGAUUAUCCACAAACGAGACAAUGCUCUGGAGGUGUCACAGCUGGAGACCCGUGUGCUCAACCACACAAAUGAGAUGGGGAGGCUAGCUGGGCGGUACCGAGACCUGGAUCAUAAGUACCAGCAUCUUUCAGCCCUCGCAAGCAGCCAGAGUGCUCUCCUGGAGCAGCUGGAAGAGCAGUGUAAGCAGGGAGGAUACUUUUACAGUAAGGUUCAAGAGCCCAGCCGUCGUCUCCAGCCACAACCUCCUGCAAUCUCCCAGCCUCCUUUACAAACACCUGAAUUGUCUCCUGGUGGCUACAGACCUUUCCAUCCACCCACUUACACUCGUUACACCAACUACCCCAUGAAUAAUGAGAUCCAAAGUGACCAGAAAGCCAGAGCACUGCCACAUCCACUGCCCACAAUGCCAGGUGCACCAUACAGCUUCACAAAUGAGCCCUCGGGACCUUUCAGAGAUUGUCUGGAGGCUCUGGAGAGUGGAUAUACCACCAGUGGAAUGUACCUCUUAAAACCAGACAAAAGCAAUCAACUUAUGCAGGUCUGGUGUGACCAGAGACAAGACCCUGGUGGCUGGACCGUUAUUCAGAGACGUCAGGAUGGCUCUGUCAACUUUUUUAGGAACUGGGACACUUACAAGCAAGGUUUUGGAAACAUUGAUGGUGAAUACUGGUUGGGCCUAGACAACAUCUUUUGGCUGACAAACCAGGGCACCUACAAGCUUUUAGUGACGCUGGAAGACUGGACUGGUCGGAAGACCUUUGCAGAAUAUGCUAGCUUUCGUGUAGAGUCAGAAGCAGAUUUCUACAGGCUACGACUGGGCCAAUACCACGGCAAUGCUGGAGACUCUUUAACCUGGCACAAUGGAAAGCACUUUACCACACUGGAUAGGGACCAUGACGUCUACGCAGGGAAUUGUGCCCACUAUCAGAAGGGAGGAUGGUGGUAUAAUGCCUGUGCUCAUUCCAAUCUGAACGGUGUGUGGUACAAAGGUGGGCAUUACCGCAGCCGCUAUCAGGAUGGGGUCUACUGGGCUGAGUUCAGAGGAGGAGCUUAUUCUCUAAAAAAAGUGACCAUGAUGAUAAGACAAAAUGGAAAUACCUUCCAAUAAUUGCUCAGUAUGUUGAAACUUAUAUUUAACAAGAUGUUUCCACCAAAGGGAUUCUGUAUCACAAGACCAGGCACCAUUGGUUGAAUUUCAAAGCUUCUUUUGGUUGUUAUACAUUCACAAUGCCAAGACGUGGCAGAACUUUUUCAUUUCAUUUGUCCUACAUGUAACGCUUUUAUUCAUGUUCUUGCGCUCAUAAAGUUAUACUGCACACAAAUAAAAAGCAUACAACCUUGCAUGUAAUGAAUGUAAGAUGAUGCCUGCAUUCCUUUCUCAAUGCAGGCUGUUACUGAUGUAGUGUUUAAAGGUUUUUUUUUCCCAUCAGAACAAAAUCCACAGUUGCAUAUCAAUGUAACUGAAAUGUUAAUGUCUUGAUUGCUGGCAAAAAAAACUUGUACUUCUCAAUAUUAAUGGCAUUUGUAAUACUCGUUAAGUAUAAAAAAUAUGUGCUCUUUGA